GUAAAAUGGCAACGCAGACCUUAGAGAAAAGUAAACAGGGAAUAGCAGGCGCUCAAAAUGAACAAAAUCUUCUAUGCUUAAUAGACAGAACAAAUUAUCCAAUGCUUCAGGAAAAUGGACAGAGAAAAUAUGGACCACCACCUGACUGGAAAGGACCGGCACCACAGAGGGGUUGUGAAAUUUUCAUAGGUAAAAUACCCCGCGAUUGCUUUGAAGAUGAACUUGUUCCAGUGUUUGAAAAAAUUGGAAAACUAUAUGAACUAAGGUUAAUGAUGGAUUUUAGUGGUUCAAAUCGUGGGUAUGCAUUUGUUAUGUACACAAACCGCAUUGAUGCUCAAAGGGCAGUUAAAGAACUAAAUAAUUAUGAAUUGAGGAAAGGCAGAUUAAUAGGUGUUUGCAUGUCUGUUGAUAAUUGUAGACUUUUUGUUGGAGGCAUACCGAAAACAAAAGGACAGCAAGAAAUCCUGCAAGAAAUGAUAAAAGUGACUGAAGGUGUAGUGGACGUUAUAGUUUAUCCAAGUGCUGUAGAUAAAACGAAAAACAGAGGAUUUGCUUUUGUUGAGUAUGAAAAUCACAGAGCUGCAGCAAUGGCCAGAAGAAAAUUGAUCCCAGGUAGAAUUCAGCUUUGGGGACACCAAAUAGCAGUAGACUGGGCUGAACCAGAACAAGAGGUGGAUGAAGACACAAUGGGUUCAGUGAAGAUAUUGUAUGUUAGAAACUUGAUGUUGGACACAACAGAAGAGACAUUGCAUCAGGUCUUUACCAAGGCUUGUGGGAGGGAAAACAGUGUGGAAAGAGUAAAGAAAAUCAGAGAUUAUGCCUUUAUCCACUUCAGAGAACGAGAGGAUGCUUUAAAAGCCCUGAACAUGACAAAUAAUCAGAGUAUUGAUGGGUCAAAAGUGGAAGUAGUUUUAGCCAAGCCAGUGGAUAAGAAUGACUAUAGGAUUUAUGCAAGAGGCAAAACAGCAUUACAACAGGCUUACGGUGCUUACACUACAGGAAUGUAUGGUGAUGCUUCAUCAGUUUUAGGAUCAAUGUAUCCUCCAGGAGUACAAGGUGUACAAGGAAUUGCAAGGGGAUUCACAGGUCGAACAGCUGUUGGAAUUAGAGGGGCUAUGAGAGGUAGAGGAAGAGGGGCAGCAGGAGCAAGGGGAGCAGGUGUCCUUAGAUAUGGAAUGAUUGGUGCUGGAUUUUCUGGCAAGAAAUACCCAUCAGAGGAUCUUCUAGUUGAUCUAAUGCCUGGCAUGGAAUUGACACCUACUAACCCAGUAACUCUUAAACCACAAAGUUAUAAACUACCAACCCAGAUAUUAGAUGAAUUAUGUCAGAAGAAUGGUUGGGGGAGUCCAGUUUAUCAACUUCAUUCUACCCUUGCAAAUGACAACUCCCAGCUCUUCUUAUACAAGGUCACUGUUCCUGCUUUCAGCACACCAUUCCAGCCAAAUAAGUUAUCAAAGAGUAUUGACACAGCCAAAAACUUUGGUGCAGAGUUUGUCCUAACUCAGUUAGGAAUCCCUUAUGACAGUGAUGCAGCUAAUCUUGCCACAAGCAUGUACCAGGGAAGACCAAUAGGUCCAGCAGGCUAUGCCAUAGCAAAUGGUUUGCCAAGAUCAGAUGUUCCAUAUGCAACAAUACCAAUGGUAACAAGUGCUCCUCCAACAUAUGUCAGUACAAUGGCUCCAGGGAAAAUGACAAUGCCUCCACCACCAGGACCUCAAAUUCCUUAUGAAUAUGGACAGUACAGUUAAAAGUCAAGGAAGUAACCUGGGAGUGUCAACAUAAAGAAAAAGAGAAGACUUUUUCCAUUUAUAUUCUCAGCAGUUUGUGCUUAACAUUUACAUUUGUCUAUACUUUUCUGCGUUACAAGAAGAUAAAGUAUUGUUAGAAAAGGAAUUUUUUGGCUUGUUUCAAAUUUCAGUUCUCCACAGAAAUUCAGUUUCUGUAGAAAUUUUCUUAUGUUUUCAGUAAAAUUUAAAAUAAUUCAUCAGUUCUAUUUUAGAAUAGAAAUGACACAUAAUCAAGGAUAUGUUUUCAAUCUAAAUUUUUUUAAUUUUUUUUAGGACGGGGCAUGAAAGACUGCCAUGAGGUACAUUGACAUUGUAGAGACAUUCUGUUUGAAAAUAAUUCAGUGCAUUGUACAUUUGAAUAUCAUUGUCUUCUUUAUAUGACAGUAUUACUCCAUAAGAGUCCCAACAUUUUUUAAUGCAUUUUUGUACAGUUGUAACCACACAAGAAUGAUUUUUCCAUGUAACUAGACUGUAGGUUAUGAACAUUCAUAAGCAGACUCACGUCAUUGAAUUAAAGUUAAAAUAAGAGAUAAGUAUCAAAAUGUAUGGUAUACUUUACAGCUCAAAUGCUAACUACUUUCAGAUUACCUUAACAGGAUUUGCUUAUUUAGGAAAAAAUUGGAAACAUAUCCUUGAAUGGGACUCAUAUUCCUCAUGUUUGAUAAUAAUUAAAAUCUAACUAAAAAUCUUAUAUUGUGUUAUUGGAGAGGUAAAAACAUAAUUUUUAUAAUAUCUUAAAUGAAUCACCAGUUCCAUAGUUUGAACAUAAGAUAUUUGUCAGAAUGCUUUAAUUUCUACCUAUAUUGUAUCGAUAUUACUAGAUAGGACAAGUUGUUGACACUAGUCUCUCGCCACCGUAGUAGUCUCUUUUAAAAGUGCAUGCAAUUUUGUGUUUCAUUUUGAUGAUGCUGUUAUGUUAUUUAUUUAACAAGUGCUAUGCACAAAAGUUGUUUUUAUUCAUAUAUUGAAUUGUUAUUUGGAAUGUUUUAUGAGGUUGCUUUGGAUCAUAUAUUUGUUAUAUGUUAUUGCUGGAAGAAGACUUGAAUAACUGACUGUUUCUGGAAUAAAACAAAAGUGAUUAAUGUGAAGUUGAUGAUACUUGUAAAGCUUCUGUCAGGUGUAUAAAAAAUGUAUAGAUUAGUGUAGAAAUUGAAUUAUUUUUAGAGUAAAUAACUAAUCUUCGAAGAGAAAUCAGCAUCUUUACAAGUAUGAAGUAUUUGUCUUGUAAGAUUUUUCUAUCUUGUCAUUCUUUAUAAGUCUUUUUUGAAUUUUAGGACUGUUCACUGUACUAUUUGUUAAAAAAUAUAAGGAACACCAUAGUCUAGUAAUAUAUGCUUAAGAGACAAUUUUUUUUAAGUUUAAAGAACUAAAAGAAUCAAGUUUAGAAAACUAGACGUUUGAAAAGUUUUCAUCCAGAUAUCCAGGAAUAGUAGGAUUAUUCCAAGUAACUUCUGUUUGUUGUUAGGCUGGAGUAUUGAGUACUCGUGUUUGUUAAAGUUAGGAUUGCUACAUGUAUAAUGUUAUAUUUUUGUCACAUAUCAAUUAUUUUAUAUCUACAUUCCAAACUGCGAAACUCAUUCCAUUCAUCCUUAUUUUCUUUCUAUUUAUAUGUUACUAGUAGGCACACAGUAUGCAUUACAGACGAAAGAAAGCCAUUUUUAUUUUUCUGAACUUUUAAGUAUAUAUAUGACUAACCAAGAUUGUCACAAGAUUUCUGCCAUAAAUAAGGUUUAUAUUUUUUUAUCCUAUUAAAUAUUAUUGUCCUAAUAGAGUAUUCUGUUGUUUAUAGACAUUCGUGAAACAUUGACAUCCUUUCCAAAUAUUUAUCCCGUCAUUCAUUCUUCAUUAUAUAGUAGAUUUGGGAAUCUUGGCUUUAAGUUUUAACAUAAAAUAAGUCUCAUGUCAGGGAUGAAUUUUACAAGUUAUUUUUUAUAGACAUCAAUAUUUUGUUCCUGAUAUUGUUUUCAAAAGUUGCUCAUGGAGAACUGCAAAAAAUUUUAAUUUUGAUAAGGAGUUACGAUAUAUGUGAACUGAUAUUGUUCUGAAUUUCUUUGUACUUAUAAAACCAUUUCUGUUCAUUAAAAACUUGGAGGCUAAUAUACAAUUGUUGGUUGUUUCAAGGGAUGAGCAUAGUCUCAUUAUUAUCAAACUUUUAGUUCUGUAUAAUUAAUAUAUUUUCAAAGUUUGAACCUUAUACUUAGUUAUAGUUCUGCCAUGACCCAGGUUGGUGCUCAUUUUUAUUUUUUAUUAGGUACUCAAAGGUGUUGUGUAGUGAUAUAUAUAUAUAUAUUGCAUGCUUUUGUUGAAUUAUUUUAAACAAAAAUAUGUUCUUUUGAACUAUUUUUCUGACAUAUUUUUUUAUAGUUUUUAAAAGAAUAAUAUAUACUUACAAUUGGAUACAUUUUAAUAAACCAAUGAUAAUAAGAAUAACAUCCUAUGUAUUAGCCUGAUUUGUUGAAAUUUGAAAAGAUAAUCUUUUUAUACAAGAUCCACAGUAGGUGGUUAAGGUGCCAAAUGUCUUUCUUAGCCAGAUAUGCUCAGCACAAUCCUAUAAUGUCUUGCAAAAAUACAAAAUCAUGCUAGGUUAAAUGUUAUUACAUAAAUAAGGAUUAAAACGUUUUUUUUUUAAAACUUGAGGGGUAAACUGUGACCGGUAAUUUUUUUUGUUCUAUUGAGGUGAAUUACUGUUAAAUAGUAGAUCAAUUGAGAGGAUUAUUUUAAUUAUAGAUUCAUAAAAAAAUACUAUGUUUUAUUCAAAAGAGGUGUGUAUAUGUCCUUCAGACCCAAUAACAAUAUUAUAUUAAAUUCAAGUUCAAGUUCAGUUAAAACCAUGUUGUAAUUUGUUGUUUAAAAAAAGGAUUUUUAUGAAAAGAGAGGAGGGGGAUUAAGAGUUUGAUAUUUACAAAAUUAAUGUAUACUGAUAGUAUCUAUGAUUGAAUUACAAGACAUAUAUAGGGUUGUACAUUGUUUUGGUCAUACUGUAAAUACAAGUAAUAUGCUUUCACAGUGUGUUCAUUCUGAUAUAACGAGAAAAUUUAGCUUGAAUAUUUAUUUUACAUUCUAAGUAAACAAAUGAAUCAAAAUAGUAAAAUGAUUAUAUAAUCUAUUUUAAAGAAAUUAUAUAUUAAAUUGACUCGGUAUGACCAAAACUGAGCUUAUGUGCAAUGUUUGUAGUUAACCUGUAAUAACUAAAAUCAAACUUACAUCAACAUAGAUAUGUAAAUGUUUCUUCCACAAUAGAAAGAUUGUCUUCCAUAACAGGUACUGCUCUAAGUAUUAACAUUAGAAAUUAAAAAAAAUAGAAUAGAAAUUCUGUUUAUACAUGGUUAAUGAAAAAUAGAAUAGAAAUUAUGUUUAUACACGGUUAAUGAAGUAAAUUUUAGAACAAAGCCAGAAAAGAUAUCAGAAAUAAAUAUCAAAUCACUUUGUCAAAUCCUAAACCUCUUAAAAGUUACAAAUAUAAUGGAGCAAUUUUGAAAUGCAAGAUGUAGGUGGAAGGAAGAUUUACAUGUAGAAUUAGAAAAAUUAAUUAAGAAAAAUAAAGUAAUUAGAGAUGGCUUUUUGUAUAAAGGAUGCAAUACUUAAAGAGAUUAAAUAAGGCAUAAUAUAUGUAUUAAAAAGACAAAAGUGAGAUUAUGAUGUAGUAUGUAAGGCCUGAGUAUUUGAAUAAAAUUAAAAAUGAUACAAUUACAGCUUUAUAAAAUAAUCAAUAUUAAAAGUAU